GCCCGGGGGGUGGGCGGUGUCACGCACGGCGGCAGCGGCCCGGCCUCUGAGCGAAGUUAUUUUGAAGGGCGGGGGGACGACGGAGUCUGGCGGAAAGAUGGCGGCGCCCGUGUCGCCCUUGGUUACCGCAGCCAGACACGCAGCCCGCCUGCUGCCGGCUCGGGCCGCGGCCCCGCGGAGAGCAUACGCAAUUCAGGCAGCUGAGAACGUAGCCCCUAAUACUCUAGCAGAUGCUAACUCUAGGGCCUUGUUGGUUUGCAAUGGACCUUUAGAACACUAUGACUUUCUGAUCAAAGCAGAAGAGCUGCGGAAUGAUGAACAACAACGAAGAGUUGUACAAUGCUUACAGAAGUUACAUGAGAACCUUAAAGGCUACAGUAUCAGUCCAAACAAUCUUCUGUUAAAGCAGAAAACGCGCAUGUUAAAUGCGCGUAAGAUAUGACAGACCUGUAUGAUCUUGUCUUCAAAGGUUCAUCUUUACAAGGAACAAAGGUAUGUUCUUACCAUCCAUUAACUAACAUGCAGUAACUAACAUGAGGUAAAAUUCUAGUGAAGAAAAGAUCAUUUGUAGUGUUGACAUGUUUACAGAUCAAGGUAAACCUAGGCAAGGGUAUUCAGUUACUUUUAUGCUAAAAUCCGGACUUCU